AUGGCUCGCCGUCCCGCCCGAUGCUACCGAUACUGCAAGAACAAGCCGUAUCCCAAGUCGCGCUUCAACCGUGGUGUCCCCGACCCCAAGAUCCGCAUCUUCGAUCUCGGCCGCAAGAAGGCUACCGUCGAUGACUUCCCUCUCUGCAUCCACCUUGUCUCCAACGAGUAUGAGCAGCUGAGUUCCGAGGCUCUCGAGGCCGCCCGUAUUUGCGCCAACAAGUACCUCGUCAAGUUCGCCGGAAAGGAAGGCUUCCACUUGCGCGUUCGCGCUCACCCCUUCCACGUUGUCCGUAUCAACAAGAUGUUGUCUUGCGCCGGUGCCGAUAGACUGCAGACGGGUAUGCGUGGUGCCUGGGGCAAGCCCAAUGGAACCGUUGCCCGUGUCAACAUCGGCCAGAUCCUGUUCAGCGUGCGAACUCGCGACUCUAACCGCGCCAUCGCUCUCGAGGCUCUUCGACGAUCUCAGUACAAGUUCCCCGGUCGCCAAAAGAUCAUCAUCUCCAAGAACUGGGGCUUCACCCCUUUGCGCCGUGAAGAGUACCUAGAGGCGAAGGCUGGGGGCCGCGUCAAGGUUGAUGGCGCUUACGUUCAGUUCCUGACCAACCAUGGCAAACUCGCUGAUAACAUGAAGCGAUUCCCUGAUGCGUUCACUGAGGCUUAG